UGUCCACGUGGGAUUGUUUUGAUUUUGUUUUGUUUUGUUCCUGUUGUGCAUGCAAUGAAGUUGGGUAUAGAGUACCGGCAUCUUACAGAAGCAUACGAACGAAUCAGCCCGCAUAUUCACAAAACACCAAUAUUUUCUAGUUCUUACAUAAAUGGCCUGGUAGAGAAGAAAGUGUAUUUUAAAGGUGAACAUCUACAAAAGACUGGUUCAUUCAAGGCAAGAGGAGCUUUGAAUGCUGUGUUGUCAUUAAAAGAGAAAAAUCCUGAAAACAGUGGUGUUGUGACUCAUAGCAGUGGUAAUCAUGGUCAAGCCUUGGCAUGGGCAGCUAGGUAUGCAGGUAUGAAAUGUACUGUUGUAAUCCCAAGCAACGCACCUGCUGUUAAAGUUGCUGCAAUCAAGGACUAUGGUGCUGACCUGGUAUUUUGUGAGCCAAACCCCAUGUCUAGACAAGAAACGUGUGCCAAAAUUUCUGCUGAGAAAAACCAGACCAUCAUUCCAUCAUUUGACUAUUUGGAUGUCAUUGCUGGAGAGGGUAGUAUUGGCAUUGAAUUGAUGGAACAGGUUCCUGACUUGGAAGCUAUACUUGUUCCCAUUAGUGGUGGGGGGAUGAUAUCAGGGAUUUGUAUUGCAGCAAAGGCUGUAAAACCUGACAUCAAAAUUUUUGCAUGUGAGCCUAAAGGCAAAGACCUGGAGUAUUCCCUUAAGGCAGGUAAACCAAUGUGGCCAGAUCCACCCAAGUUUGUAGAUACCAUUGCUGAUGGCCUGAGGGUGCAGAGACUGGGAACACUGACCUUUCCAGUUGUUUUGGAAUUGGUAGAAAAAGAUGUUUUUACAACUAGUGAUGAUGACAUCAUAGAAGCAAUGAAGUUAGUGUAUCAGAGAAUGAAGCAAGUGAUUGAGCCCAGCUCAGGUGUGGGUGUGGCUGCUCUUCUCUCUGACAAGAUGAAAAAACUGACACCCGACAUGAAGAAAGUAGGUGUCAUUCUCUGUGGAGGGAAUACUGACAUUGAGCACUUGCCUUGGAUGAAAUAAAAACUCUAAACAUAUAUAUAUAUAUAUAUAUAUAUAUAUAUAUAGUUUCUAUAGUGUUCAAUUCUGAAGGGAGAAUUUUUAUAUGAUAAUAAAAAUUAAGUGCCUCUACUCCAGGUUUCACAGACAUACCCUAUGGUUAUGUCCGAUCCUCAGGAGGCAUGUUUAUUCAAAUAUAUUUAUAUAUACUUUGAUUAAUCCCUUAAAUAUACAAUGAAGAUCAAUAUUUUUUCAUAAGUUAAUCACCAACUUCAUGUUUUGAAUUGUUAAAUAUCUCAGAUACUUAAUAAUAUUGUUCAAUGUUAAACAUACUGUGAAAAAUGUAAUCUGGGGAGUUGCAUAGAGGCUUUGAAUGUCUGUGAAUUUUUAUGACAGUGUGAUGGUAUGCCAUUUUAGAUGAAAAUGUGCUGUUAACUUAUGGUUUUAUAACACAGAUAAAUUAAUGCAUGUUAGGUCAAGAUUCUGAUGUCCACUUUAAAGGACUAUACUGGCCUGUAUAGCCAUGUUGUAUGGGUUUCUUUAUACUGGCAUUGCAAAAAUGGUUACAUGUGGAUACAUCCCCGCAUCAAUACUUCCCCGCACCGUUACUCCCCCCACAAUUACAGAUAUACU